UGUGUCAGUGUGUGUCUAGGCAGCAUAAAUAAAUGGGAGCUGAGAGCUCACAGACUGGAAAUCUACUUCCAUUCAUAGGAGAAGUUGGUGAGCCACAGGGCAAGGAGAAGCUGCACACUUGGAAGCCACCAGAAGACCAGCACGUGGAACUUCUUCCUACCACAAGGUGUGGACCAGUAACCAAAGCCUCUCUUCUCUUUGCCCCCAGAGAAACCCCCCUCUCGAAGCAUCAUGUCCUUGGCAGUGAAGGAGAAGAGCCAGGUGCGCCUGGUCUUCCUAGGUGCGGCCGGGGUGGGCAAGACGGCCCUGAUCCAGCGCUUCCUCCAGGACACCUUUGAGCCCAAGCACCGGCGGACGGUGGAAGAGCUCCACAGCAAGGAGUACCAGGUGAGUGGGGCCACCAUCAAGGUGGAGAUCCUGGACACCAGUGGAAGCUACUCCUUCCCAGCCAUGCGCAAGCUCUCCAUCCAGAACAGUGACGCCUUCGCUUUGGUCUACGCCGUGGACGAUGCUGAGUCCUUUGAGUGUGUGAAGGCAUUGCAUGAGGAGAUCCUGGAGCUGAAAGAGGACAAGUUCCCCCCCAUCGUGGUGGUGGGCAACAAGGCGGAUGCUGGCGGGCUCAGGCAGGUGCUGCCUGAAGAUGCCCUUUCUCUAGUGGAGCUGGACUGGAACAGCCGCUUCUUGGAGGCAUCGGCCAAGGAGAACGAGAAUGUGAUGGAGGUCUUCAGGGAGCUUCUCCAGCAAGCCAACCUGCCCAGCCGGCUGAGCCCUGCCUUGCGGAGGAGAAGGGAGACCUUCCCCAAAGAGCCUCCCCUCCGGCCCCCCAUGAACAAAGCCAACAGUUGCACUGUCUGUUGAACUAGAGGAGAGUGACAUACAUAGGGAUAGACAUAUGUACAGGUGUAUAUAGCUCAGGCAGCCUCUCCAUCCAGAGACCCUGUUCCAACCACCACCACCGCAGUCAGCAUUAUGGUACUAAGUCAUCAUUUGUGUGGGUUUUUUUGGGGGGGGGGGGUUAGAAGCUAUUUGUGAAUUUGUCAUGACUUGCCCUCAUGAACACAGUGAUUCCAGCUCAAGUGCCGGAAAGCCACAGGUAUUUGUGUCUUUUUCAUGCCUUCAUUUUUGAGUUGUGACCCCAAAAUCAGGUAGCCCUGAUUCCUCCUGGCCGCACUGUUAAGAGCAUACAUCUACCUUCUUCUCCUGAUUGAUACCCUUGGGUCAUGGACUUUGGUCAGGGCAAAGGAGGGAUGAGUGACCAAACAGGCAAGGUGGCUGAUGGUGACAAGCUGCAGGAAUCCAGAAAAGAAGGAUUUGUGGGAUCCCUUAGGAAACACAACAUCCAUUUGCCAUGUUUAUUUCGUAAGUGACCAAACAGAUUCUAUACACUGGAAGAUUGGAAAGAAACUUUUUCUGUCUGUAUACCGAACAACAGUUAUGUGUUGUGAACAAGAGGUGUGUGUGUGUGCACGUGCGUGCGUGCCUGCGCAUGUAACAAACUAUUGAGUUUUUUUUAACUUUUAAUUUCCACACUGACCCUUUGCAUGCACAUGCUAUUUAUUGCUCAGAUUUGGUUAACACUGAGCUAACCAGGGUCUGAGGAAUUUCUGCUUAUGUGUUAUGGAACAAAGGAUUCAGAGUCUGUGUCUGAUUUGGGUUAUUUUUAAAAAGUAUUUCA